GGGGCGACCUCGAAGAAUGAUCAUUAGGUAGGGCCCGGGGGUUGGGAUUCGCAACGCAAGAAAGCUGUCAGUGCGAGAGAAUGCUAGCACAGCUUUCCCUAAUGGCACGACGACGCUGGUAGUGGUAAUGCUUUCAUAGACUGCGUGAACAUCACUUUCGAUUUGCUGUCGUCGUCGAAGUUCCGUCGCUGCUUUGUUGUUCUAUUGCUCCGUCGGCUGCAGACAAGUACGAUCAUCCCGCAGAAACCUCCACCAUGCCUUCAGUCCUACUGGUCGUGUUCAUCGUUCAGUUGGCUCUCAACAUUGUCAGCACCGUCGGUGCACAGAAGGUCAACGAUCUGGCAUGGUUCCUUUAUACGCAAUUACCAGUGCCACAAGCGAAACAGGCUGGCGAGAAUCGGAAGCUGAGAAAUGAAGUGGUGCGACUACAGCGAGAAAUGGUGGGCGUCUCGGCGCAGGACAACUUUGCAAAAUGGGCACGAUUGAGGAGAGACCACGAUAAGGCAAAAGACAAAUACGAGAAAGCUGCUCGCGACCUUCAAGGUUUCCGUGCCUCGUUCGACGGCAUCGUUUCGAAAGCUCGCUGGCUCGGCACUCAGGGAGUCAAUUUCAUCGUUAACACGUGGUACUCCAAGCAGGCUAUGUUCUGGCUGCCCCAAGGCUGGGUCCCAUAUUACGCGGAAUGGGUCUUGUCCUUUCCCAAGGCCCCAUUGGGCAGCAUCAGUGUCAACAUCUGGGCGAUCGCGUGCGGAAGCGUCAUCUCGCUGCUAUCGGAAGCCAUUGCUUCGCUUUGGGCGCUGCGUGUCACAGCAGCUGCGGUAGCAGUCGAUGGUAAAGAGAAGGUAAAGGUACCGGUGGAUGUCAAGCAGAAGGCGCCCGCAGCAGCAAGCAAGAAAGAGUUGUGAUUGAAAUUGGACAUCCAGGUGAUAUAAAUUGCACAAGGAGGCUCAAUCGAGAAGCGCAUUCCAGAUUCUCAGGUUCGAUCACGCCUCUUUUCGACCCGUUCUGUGAGUGAUGAACGAGGCGCCGGUUGGCAUGAGGAAUAUGCUUAAUGCAUCCAUGGAGCAGUGCAUCGACUCGUCACUCUUGAGAUCUGCACCCCGUGAAAC